AUGAAGGUCUUUUCCAACGCAGUAACGUUCAACUACUCCUGGGAGGAGGUCUCAACCGCCAACUGGCGCAAGUACUGCCCGUGGAACGAUAAGUCAUCGCACGUCCUCGCCGUCGACACCCUCUCCCGCAACGUCGACCCGGCCACGGGCAUCCUCCGCACCGAACGCCUCAUCAGCACCAAGCAGUCGCCGCCCGAAUUCCUCAAGCCCUUCUUCGGCGAGGGUCUCUCCUACAGCCUCGAGACGUCCUACGUCGACCCCAAGACCAAGACGGUCACCAUGGUCUCUCAGAACAUGUCGUACGCCAACAUCGUCAACGUCCAGGAGACGGUUAUCUACAAGCCCAUUUCGGCCCAGAAGACCGAGUUCGUCCAGGACGCACAGAUCACCGCGCUCUGCGGCGGCUGGCAGCGUAUCAAGAACAAGAUCGAGGACUCCGCCGUUGUCCGCUUCCGCGAGAACGCCGUCAAGGGCAAGGAGGGCUUCGAGAGAGUGCUCGCCAUGAGCAGGAUGGUCUUCGCCGAGGAGCGCGAGCGUGAGCGCGGCAUCCGUGCUGCCAUGUAA